AUGCACAAUCUUGCGACUGCUGUGAGCGACGGCUUCAGAGGCCGUCGAACGAUCUAUGCUCUUACCAAUGAAUCCACUAUCUCUGAUGAGAGAUUAGAAGAGUUGAUCAAUGAGGUCGUCCUACACACUCCUAGUGCUUUCAAUAGCCAGGCAACACGUCUAGUGGUUCUACUCAAAGAUGAGCAUCGGAAGCUAUGGGACCUGGCAGCAGAAGUGGCCUCCUCGACAGUGAGCCCGGAGUUGUUUGAGAAGCUCUACAGGCCACGGAUCGCCAUGUACCGUGCUGGAUACGGAACUGUAAGGUCCGAGCAUUCCAAUGGCAUGCAUCAAUUUGCAACUUGGGCCCUCCUGGAGGCAGAAGGGCUGGGGUGUAAUCUUCAACAUUAUAGUCCUAUGCUGGAUGCUCCUAUCACUGAGCAUUGGAAAGUCCCUAAAAGCUGGAGUCUCAAGGCUCAGUUGGUGUUCGGGAAGCCAACUGGUUCCCCGGUGGAGAAGACCUUCGAGCCUCUAGGCCAGAGAGUAUUUUUCCACGGGUAG